AUGGGCGAGCUUGGCGAAGUUCCCAAUCAGUUGCAGAGCUUCCGAGUUCAGGAUGCUAAAUGCUAUUGCUGCAAUCACUCGCACAUUCACCCUCACAGCGGUGAGUCACUCCCUUGCGACCGGCAAUUGGUGUAUGAGACCUUCAAAAAGUGGUGGUCGGCGGGCGCUGAGGAAGGGUCCGAGCAACACCUGGAGCGAUUCAACACCCUGGUCCGCCAGCGCGUUGCCCCAAAAGUCGCGCGCGGAUUGGGAAUUGCCCUGCCGUUUCACUAUGUUGUGUACAUGGCCGUUUUUUGCAUGGUGCCCUGGUUGUCGGACUUCAUUGCAUUGUGGGCUGAAACGAGAGAUCACCGUGCCGCUGUCUCCAUGUGGAGCCUGAGACAUUUCAUUGCGUGGGGCAUUGUUGGCGUAGCCUUGCUCUUUGCACUGAGAAUGUGUGUUUGGCUAUGGAAGUUGGGUUCGCGUAUUGAGAAGCGCUUGGACUCACGUUGGUGUGCUGUCUUCAUUGUUGCGCCGCUCUCGUUUUUCGGCGUUUGCGCUUUAUGGCUCCCAAUUGGCAUUAGCCUAGCAGCAACGCCGGAGGACAAUCCGUUGCCCGUGUUCCUUUUCAUCGCGGCUAUAGCCAUCACGGCACUUGUUUGGCGUGCGCCCAAAUGGCAGGAGCCACUACCAUCGAAGCAGCCAUCGCCCCACGUCUUUCAAAGAAAGGAGGACAACGCAACAUUCUCGAUCUAA